GGCCGCGGCGGAGGCCGCGGCGGAGGCCGCGGCGGAGGCCUCGGCGGAGGCCUCGGCGGAGGCCUCGACGGAGACCGCGGCGGAUCUGGCCUACGCGUCCGAGGCCCGGCUGCGCGCCCAGGCGCUCGCCGCGGCGGAGGCAUCCUACACGUCCGAGGCCGCGUUCCGCGCCAACGCGCUCGCGCACGCCAGCAUGUACGGGCACGCAUUCUUCGACAUCGAUGACAUGCUGGCCGAGGAUGGCCGCGCCAGCAUGUUCGGCAAGGCCGGCAGCACGGUCAUCCAGGGCUCGGACAAGUCUGACGCGGAGUUGGAGGCCAGCCAGGGCGGCACGCUCGUCGAGGGUCUGGACGACGACAGCUCGGAGUCUGGCGGCGACGGGUCUGACGACGACGUCAUCGGGGCCGAGGACAACUCCGAGGGCAGCUCCGAGGGCAGCUCCGAGGGCAGCUCUGGGGGCAGCUCCGAGGGCACCCCCCAGGUGAACCAGUGGGACCCGACUCGGCCGGUGGGGACCACCCUGUCCCCGGAGCAGCGCCAGCAGGCCCACAUGUCGAAGUUCGCGGCGGAGUUCACCGUGGAGUUGAACAUGACCGAGGCGCACGAGACCGGGAUGAAGAUGGGCAUAAUCCUUAACCGAGACGCCGACUUCCAGCCCGCCACGAUUUGGAGGAUCCAGAAGACGGGCCUCGUCGAGGCGUGGAACAAAGCCCACCCCGACAUGGCGGUGCACGUCGGCGACGAGGUCAUCCGCGUCAACAACAUCCAGUGGCACGCGAACACGGAAACGUUCAUCACGCGCAUCGUCGGCCAGUUCCAGGCCGGGCGCAAGAUGAAGGAAGGGGCGAGCGACAUUCUGAGGCUCUACAUCCAGAGGCCCAGGGUCUGGGAGCACGCCCGCUUCGCCGGACAGCGGGAAGAUGCCCACAACAAGGACUACGCGGCAGAGUUCGUCGCCUACGUGGGCAUGCCCGAUAAGCUUGACGACAAAAUGGACAAGGUGAUGGGCUGGCAGCUGAGCCGCCAGCACGGACCGAAUGGGCUGGAGGAGUGGAAGCCGGUCAUCAUCAAGACGAUCGACAGGUUGGGCCCGGUGGAGAGGUGGAACAAGCUCAACCCGGACAAGCUGAUCCUGGAGGGGGACGAGAUCAUGCAGCUCGACAACGUCCGCUUCCACCACAACUCCACGCAGUGGCUGAAGGUCCUGCAGAAGCACUACAGGUCCGCCUCGGCGGUGGAGAGCACCAACAGGACGGCCCUCCUCUCCAUCCGGAGGCCGCGCGCGAACCAGGAGGAGUUCGACGCGACCCACCCGAUCAAGGAAAUCGUGACCUGGAGGCGGCCGAGGCACUCUGUUCAGCUCACCUUCCCCGAGAAGGGCAUCGGCAACCUCAUGGGCUGGCAGAUCCUGCCCAGCAAGGAGAGCGACAUGGGCAGCUCGGCCACUGUCAUCAAGAAGGUCCGCGACGGGGGCCUGGCCGCUCAGCACGGGGAGGAGAUCGCCGCCGGCGACCUGAUUGUGGAGAUCGACGGCGUCUCGUGGGAGAUGUACGACAAGGCCAGCGACUUCUUCGCGGUCGUCGACGAGACGAUCAAGGCUGCCGAGAGGAAGGGGCCCGAGGCGGAGCCGGUCAACCUUGUCCUCGAGAGGCCCUCGAAGUUUGUGCGGAAGGUCCGCAUGAACAUGGAGCGCGGGGUGCACAUCGAUGCUAAGAUCCUGAAGCACAUCAGGGAGUUGCGGACGACCACCACCACCGAGCUCCCGCCGAUGUUCGAAUCCAUGCCCACCGACGGCACCAACGGUGCUCAGGGCACCGACGCCAAGGAGAAGGAGGAGGUCACUGGUGCCAGUGACGACGACGACGAUGACGUCAUCGGCGCCGGCGAGGAUGAUCCGAACGAGUCCAAGAGUGGUGAGUCGAAGGGUGAUGAGGCGAAGGGCGAGGAUGAUCCGUGAACUGCGAUCAAGGACACGGCCGCUACGUCGAAGUGACUCUGUCUCUUGUGUAGGGAGCUCCUUUGGCGGGUGAUGCCGAACGUGGUAUUUCAGCGCAAUGUCGGAUUACAUGAGGUACCCUAUUUCUGACUUUGUUCCGUCCCAAAUCGAAACAACC